GCCAAGGCCAUUGCAAUACAUAAGGCAACAGCUGCGUGUCUAACAAGUGCGUCUGGGAACUUCUUAUAUAUCGAUUUAUAAAUACAGAUUCGCUUUAUAUAAAGAUAGAUCUGUACCAAACAUCCCCAGAACAGUCACUCAAAACAAUCAAUGUCCUCCUACUCCAACUCCCCCCACGCCAUAGCCCUCCACUACAUCUCCCACCCCCGUUUCCACCGCCGCUUCACCCUUCCCGCCACAGCAGACCAUGACACCCUAACGGUCACCUACGCGGAUAUCGGAUCUACCCCCGACCCGCCAAACCUCAAUCCCCCAACCAUCCUCUUCAUGCCAGGCAUGUUCGCCUCCCGAUACACAGGCGCUCUAAUGCACGCAAUCGCAGAGAAACUCGGCGUACGUGUCCUAGUGGUGGACCGGCCGGGAAUGGGCAACUCCACGGACGUCCCGCUCGACCAACGACUCCCCAUCUGGUUAGAGCUGGUCCCCCGUCUCCUAACGCAUCUAGGUAUCGAGCACGUCGCGCUAAUAUCGCAUUCCCUGGGGACGAUCUAUCUUCUCAACACGCUGUUCUAUUGUCGCCAGUAUCUCCAUCCGGUGAGGCCGUUUGUCGCCUUCCUUGCGCCAUGGGUCCACCCGUCUCAUUCUGGUGUUACAUCUCUGCAAAUGGCCCAAUACGUACCGACUACAGCCUUUGGGCUCUGGCAUCUCAUUCCUAAGCUUCUGCUUCUGAAGUUUGGCCCGGUGAUUACGUCUAGCGGAGUUGCUAUUGGUAAAAUCUCGAACGGGAUCUCCUCCGGAGUUAGUAGCAGUAGCAUAGCGGAGAAUGCCGAAUCGGAGAGGAACCGAAGCCAGAUUGAGGCGGAGUACGGCAUCUCGCGAGAUGUUCAAGUUGAGAUCUAUGAUCUAAUGCUCAAGCGCAUGUUUGGGGAGAACACGGUGGGGGCUAAUAGUGAGGCGUUGCAGGGUCUGCGGAAGGGGGCCGAUAGUGCGAAGACAUGGGGCAAGUGCGAGGAUAAUGCGCGUUAUGUGAGGGAGCUGGUGGAAAUUGAAAAGGCGAGACUUAACGGAGGAGGGCAGAGACUGAAGGUAAGAGCGUACUUCGCGGGGAGUGACUCUAUGAUUGGGGAGAAGGGGCGGGAGUAUGUUGAGAAGUGUUGGAGUGGGGAUAUCGGGGAGUGUGAGGAUGCUCUUGACUUUGAAGCGGCGGCCUUUCCUGGCCUGCAGCAUGACAGUCUGGUUGAGUCUGCUGAGGUUUGGAAGAGUAUUUUCCUUCAGGCUGGAGGUGGUUUAUAGGGGCGGUUUUAAGUCGUUAUUAUUCUGAGGGAAAGUCUGAGUAAUGAGACGCGGGCGGAAACUAGAGAUAAUUACUCAGACUUCCUUGGGACUGUACCUGUCAGCCAAAAUUACCACUAAAGCUCCGCUAUCAGCCACCACCCUACUCCAUUUAGAUUAGCGCCCUUGAUCAUUAUCUACACCAUGAUAUCGCGUGUAUCGCGUCAUUUAAAUGAUCAUUUCAGGCCUAUAAAUACGCUCAUUUUAUCAUUAGAUCAGAAAGCAGAGACCUCGUCAUUUCUUCAUUGCAGCCCUUAGAUUUCCCCAGUAGAUUACUAGGUAAUACGGAAUCCCGCAUUCCCAAUAUUACCUUUACGUGCUUGCGUUAUUGGACAUGCAGGAAUGAUAAGAAUUGAAACACACAAUGUAGUCAGUUCUAUUUAGCUAGUCUACUGCGCAUCUUCUGACAUUUUAUCGCAAUCUUACUCUCCAAGUCCAACUCAUUCAGUCACCCACAUCAAGUCCAGCAAUGUAGCCAAUUCCAAACUCAGGCUUGAUCGGCAUUCGGCUCCUUCGUAUCUAUAACCGCUAACCAGCCCUCAGGAGGGAUAAAAACAAGCUCAUCUUGCAUGUUAGCCAGGCAUAGCUG